AUGUCGUGGCACCGCAUGGGGCAGCAAUGGUUGGCCAGUCUUCGCCCAGCAAGUCGAACACAACAAGCCGCUCCCGCCAGAGACAAAUUCGGUAAUGUUGGCGAAGAAAGAUUUUGGUGCCCGUGUCUCAACUUUUUUUUCCUCUCCAAGGCCGCAUCCGUCCUCUUCCUCUCCGGACACCGCCUAUUGUGUGCGACCGGACAAGGCUGGAUCUCCAAGAUAGCGCGGCUCGGGCGGACCUGA